CACUGUUCACCGCCAUAUUCGUUGCUGUUGGCGUGCGUCUCUCGUCCACAAAAACAACCGUGUUUUGCGCGCUUUGCGUUGCGUUUACUGUUUCAAUUCGUCCGUUUCUGUGCUCUGACUAUUCGUGCGGCAAAUGUGCACCAUGUUAAUUGUGUGGCCAGCGUGAAUAUAUGGUCGCUGGAGCUCGGUCGGUGCUCACCGGCUCGGUAAAACGGGCCAAGUGCGAUUGAAGCCUUCAGGAGUGUAGAUUCUCCCACCUCUGAUCAGCGAUGAGUGACGAAUUCCAGCAGCAGUUGGAACUGGAGAAGGCUGAAAAAGAACGCCAGCAGUCCGGUGGUUCCGAUCCCUACACCUACGUCGACCCCAACGAUGGCACUGUUUACGAGUGGGACCACGACAAACACGCUUGGUUUCCAAAGCUGACGGAGGACUUUCUGGCUGCAUAUCAAGCAAACUAUGGCACGGCUGAGGGGGCACCUCCCGAAGGAGCCAGCAACACCAGUGGCUCGAGCCAGGUGGCUGCCAUCCCAGAGAAAACGGCUCCCCCUGCACAGAAUCUGCCAGAGAAUCCUUCCAAGAAGGUGGCUAAAGGAAAGCAGAGUGAACCAGGCUGGUUCGAGAUUGACGAUGCCCACAAUACUCGGGUUUACGUGAGCAAUCUGCCAGAUGACAUUGAUGAGGAGGAGUUCUUUGAGCUGAUGAGCAAGUGUGGCCUGGUGAUGAAGGACGAGAAGGGCCAGUUCAAGAUCAAGCUGUAUCGCACGGCCGACGGACACCUCAAGGGAGACGCCCUGUGCUGCUACAUCAAGGUGGAGUCAGUGGAGCUGGCGCUCCGCAUCCUGGAUGGGUACCGACUGCGGGACAAAGAAAUUCGUGUGGAACGGGCUCGCUUCCAGCUCAAGGGGGCCUAUGACCCAACGAAGAAGCCCAAGAAGAAGAAGCAGGCCUCCAAGGACAAGGAGCGGCUCAAGAAGAAGAUUGAGAAGUUGUUUGAUUGGCGGCCGGAGAAGCUGCGGGGCAUGCGAGACAAGCACGAGUGCACCGUGGUCCUCAAGAACAUGUUUGACACAAAAGAGUUUGAGAGCGACCCUACCUUGAUUCUGGAGUACCAGAAGGACCUUCGGGAAGAGUGUGGCCAGUUCGGAGAGGUCAAGAAGGUGGUCGUGUAUGACCGGCAUCCAGAGGGCAUCGCCACGGUGACCUUCAAGGAGCCCGAGGAGGCGGAUGCCUGUAUCAGCAGAAUGAACGGCCGGUGGUUCGCCCAGCGCCAGUUGUCGGCCGAGACGUGGGAUGGUCGAACGCGCUACAAGAUUUUCGAGACGGAAGAGGAGCUCGAGGAACGACUGAAAAAGUGGGACGACUACUUGGAAGCCGACGAGGAUGAAAAAGCCAAAGCCAGCUCUUCAGAUCCAUCGGCCGCUCCGUCGACAUCCGCGGCAAAGAGGGAGGCAGAAGACUGCGUAGAAGCUGAAAAUGGCGCCAGCGCACAAAAGAGGCCUAAGGCAGCAGAAGAUGACAGUGCAGAGUGAAUGCACUUCAGAUGGACUGUAUUCAUUUUUUGUUUGUACAUAGUGAGCCUUGCUGUUUGGCUAAUUGUAAAGAAACAAGAAAAUGCUUGUUUUC